AUGAAUAAGUUAGUACUUUUAUGUUUACUAUCGUUCGGGCCAUUAAUGAAUUAUUCGGCCGAGCCUUCUCGUCUGUCUGUCUUCUGGAUUGUUUUAGUUUUGUCCACUAAGCCUCCUCACAAAAAUGAAUCUUUAAUGAACAAAACAGUAUGGGAGUCUAAGAUUUCUGAAGCACUUAAAAGUACCAAAAUAUCGUAUUCGGAAUACUUCAAUCUAGUUGAGGCUGAAACCAGGUCUGUGGUGGUUGAUUACUUAGAGAGAGACGAAUCUCGAUCAUAUUUGAAGAUAUUUUUCUACGUACAGCAGAAUAAUCUCUUCCAACCUUCUCCUUCUAUUGUUUAUCAGCUCAAUCAAAUGCCGGUGGACUGGUUAGCAGUUUACUUGGGAAUGCCAGUCAUAGAAAGACCUAAAGUUUACGAUAUAGGCGCUUAUGAAAAGGAAGAUGAUUUUAUAUGGAUCAUUGGAAUAAUUGCUAUUUGUUUUCUUGGAAUAUUGCUGAUUUGUUGGUGCUUUAUAUUUCUAUACACAUUUGUUCUACAAGCCACUGCUAUGGUUAAAUGGUUACCGAGACCAAUGAUUAGCAAUUCUAAACAAAUAUUUUACAAAACAGAGAAAUCACAGAGAGAAUUUGAAGAAAAGAAAGAUUCACAAAUACAAACCGAUGAUUUAGAAUUUUCACAAUCAAAAAUAAGCAAAACUCAAGAAUCAAAUCAAAAUAAAUCAAUAUGUGAUAGAACAGUAAGAGAUUCCAAUUUCUCGGCUCAACUUUCAACUGUUUCAGAAAUAAGUUUAGAAGAAUCAGUUAACCCUACUAUAAGUGAAUUAAAUGAAUCUGUUUUACCCUUGUCUGAAACACAAGUUCUCUUAUCAGAUGAAGAAGAUGGUAUUAUAAAUCAAAAGUUGAAUGAAAUCAAAGUUAAUACAAAGAAUUUAAAGAAUGAAGUGAUUGAAGAAAAUGAAGGUGAUUUGCUACAGGCAUCUGAAAUUGAUAAAACGCUUACUUUUGGAUCGUUCGAUAAUGUAAUACCUUUUGUGAUGUCUGUUCCACCACGUCCAGAAGCGAUAAAAUUAGCAAAUUUAUUAAACUCUCAAAAAAUAACAAAAACAUAA